GCAGUGCGCAUGCGCACAGAAACACUCCGCCAGUCUGUGCUGUAGGCAGUGCAGUGUGGACGCGGUGUGCACAGGAGGCAGAAACUGCAGAAAGCUACUAACCUACAGCUCAGGUUAGACCUCCAGAGACCACGUAUCAUGGUGUUGAAUCCGGUCAUUUCCAAGCUAAGUGGCAAACUUGUGGUACUGGCCAGUGCUUCUCCGAGGAGGUUGGAGAUAUUGACCAAUAUAGGCUUGCGGUUUGAGGUAGUGCCUUCCUGGUUCAAGGAAACUUUGGACAAAACCUUGUUCAAAACUCCGUAUGAAUAUGCAGUGGAGACAGCUAAGCAGAAGGCAUUGGAGGUGGCUCAGAGAAUGCCCUUUAAACACUUAAAAGCUCCAGACAUUGUGAUUGGUGCAGACACUGUUGUGACAGUUGAUGGUUUGAUUCUGGAGAAACCUGCUGAUAAACAAGAUGCCUAUCGAAUGUUAUCAAGACUGAGUGGAAAGGAACACAGUGUGUUCACCGGAGUUGCUAUUGUCCUCUGUAAUGAAAAAGAAGGAGGAGAAAUCGAAUACAAUGUGGUUGAUUUUUAUGAGGAAACUAAAGUGAAGUUCGCAGACCUCUCUGAGGAUAUGCUCUGGGAAUAUAUCAACAGUGGAGAGCCCAUGGACAAGGCUGGUGGUUAUGGGAUCCAGGCUUUGGGGGGCAUGCUGGUGGAAUAUGUGAAAGGAGAUUUCCUUAAUGUGGUGGGCUUCCCACUCAAUCACUUCUGCAAACAGCUGGGGAUGAUUUACAACAGCCCACCAGAAAGCCCUGCUCACAAAAUAAAGCGUGAGGACUCCACGGAGGCUGAGGGGCCCUGGGCGCUCGUUAACAGCCUGUCCAAGUGCACUGAGAACGGGGAGAACAACCAACAGAGCAGCAACUCGGACUCAGCUCAAGAUCAAAAUGUGGUCGGGCCAGAGUGUGCCAAGUGCAACAACGAGGGCUUCCCACACAAAAUAGUGGAUCUACUAGAUGGGUUCAAAGCAUCAAAGACGUUAUUUACAGCAUCCAAGUUGGGGGUGUUUGAUGUUCUGAGUGACUCUGAAGGCCUCACAUUGGAGGAAGUUGCCGACCGAAUUAAAGCCUCAGUUCUGGGCACUGAAAGAUUGCUGGAUGCUGCUGUCUCUUUGGGGCUGUUACAUAGACUCAGACAUGGAGAGAACACUGUGUACAGGAACACAGAUCAGGCCAGGCGGUUCCUGGUAUCAGACAGUCCUCUGUCUCUGCAUGGUUACAUCCUGCACUGCAAUGACCUGGUCUGGCCCCUCUUCACCCAUCUAGAGAGUGCCGUCAGGGAGGGAACCAAUCAGUAUGAAAGGGCUUUUGGAAAGAAGACUGAAAACCUCUUUCAGGAUGGCUAUUACAAGAAGGAUGACGUCAAAAUGCGAUUCAUGAAUGCAAUGCACAGCAUCGCGAAGGUGACUGGAACAGAUGUGGCCACAGCAUUCGAUCUGUCCCAAUUUAAAACUGCCUGUGAUGUUGGAGGCUGUACAGGAGCAAUGGCAUAUGAGUUCACCAAAGCCCAUCCUGGAUUAUCUGUAAUAGUGUUUGACUUGCCACCUGUUAUUGAAAUGAGGCAUCACUUCCAACCUAAAGAACAGGAUGACAGGGUAUCAUUUGUUGCAGGAGAUUUCUUCAAAGAUGACUUGCCCAAAGCAGAUCUGUAUAUUCUUGCACGGAUUCUCCAUGACUGGUCUGAUGACAAAGUACAUGAGCUGUUGCGUAAAGUCUCCAAGGCAUGCACUCCAGGCGGUGGGCUGCUGGUCUCUGAGAUCUUCCUGGACGAGGAGAGGACCAGGCCGAGCAGGGCGCUGCUCCAGGCCCUCAGCAUGACGGAGGGGCAGCAGAGGAGCGCUGUCCAGUACAGAGACUUACUGGAGGAGCACGGCUUCACUCACGUACAAACUAAAUACACAGAUAACCUGCUGGACGCCAUGCUUUUUGUAAAGAAGGACCCAAAUGCUGAUAAACCAUUACCUGCUACAUCCUCUGAGUCUGUUGAGACUGCAACUGCCUGAAAUUGUAGUUUGUUCAAAACACAACUUUUAUCUCAGUUUUAACUGUAAAUGAAGUACCAUUAAAUAAGUUAAAUAUCGAUAUGCAGUACACUGACUGUUUUUACAAGGUCUCCUGAGCAUGUCUGUAUAAUUGUAAUUAUAAUUAAUCUCUGUGAGAGGUGUUUCUUCUUGAUUGGUUACACUGAAUAAAUGAUAUUCUUAUUCAAAAUUGUA